CGCUGUCUUGUCGUUGUACUCACUACUCACACGACUAUCGCGAUGCUCCCAGUUGCCGACGAGCCUGCGGCGACGCGCCGCGCAUUCCUCAUGACGCUGUACACGCACCGCGCAAUUUCGCUCGGCGCCGUGUGCCUGUCAUUUCUCGUCCUCGGACAGGCCACCGCGCACACCGUCCUCGUCGACCACCCCCUCCUCCUCCUUCCUCCGCUCGCGACCUGGCUCGCCGCUUUGGCGGGCUUCACACGGGCGCGCGGCGUCCUAAAAUCCUCUCUCAGCGCGCUCGCCCACGCGGCCGCGGCGGGCUUCGUCGGCGCCGCGCUCGCGAUCGCUCUAGCUAUCGGACAGCAGUUCACGUCCGCGCUCUACCCCAUCCUCGCCCGCGCGCUCUUCGCCCUCUGGUCUUGCGUCCUCGCUUCCCUCGUCGCUAUUCUGUCCUCCGAGACAAUCACACCUCCAUGCCUCAUCUUGAGCGCCGUCGGCGGCUCGGCUACGGUAUUUGUUCUCGCGUGGCUCGACGGCUCGUGGGCCGAGCUGCCCGCGACACUCAUGGCGUUUACGGGGCUGUACGCCCUUCUCAUCUGCGAUCUCCCGCACCUCCCGCGCCUCAUGCGGCGCGUAGGCGCCGCCGACGCCGCGCUCGCGGCCCACGCGCUGGGAUCAUCGUGGCUGCUGUCCACCCUCCUGCGCCUGCAGGGACGGGGCGAAGGCGAAGAGUACACAGAGAAGAAGGUUCCAGUCUAACGAGGCGACCAUUCCUUCGGCGCGGGCGCGCACAUGACAUGGGAGAACUCGGACGGACAUUAGAUUAGACUGUUGUAUCACAUAACGCAUUUUGCUAUGGCACUAGGGCACUAGGGCAGGACGUGGCACCUAGAGCUUGGCGCCCGGGAUGCGCGCGA